AUGUACCCCAAUAGCUCGUCAAAUUUUCCAUUACGUAUCGCUUCGCAAAUUGUCCCUAUGUUGCAAUGCCAAGUGCUUCAUCAUCGGCUGACUGGCGCGACCGACGAGAUAUUUGACUCGCAAUCUCUUCGCAAAACACGCAAGGAAACAACAAGGCAUCGAACUAUGCAGGAUCCAUCUAUGAGCGUCUGGGGGCAUCAAAGGGAAUACUCGACACAUCGCGCACUUCUUGUAGAUCAGCGACAGAUGAAGUACCUUAAAUGGGGAGUUGUCAAAGUCUGUCCAGACGAAGUCGCUGAAAGACUCUAA